AGGUGGUGAUGAGGGAGAAGAAAGGCGGAGCGCUCAGCAAGGUACAGAAGCUCAAGAGACGUAUAUCGCACAGCUUCGGCAAGUUAGGCAUCCGCAGAAAGAGAGCGAUUACGAAGCAUGAGGACUACAGGCGAGAAUACAGAAUGCCGGCCAUUUCGAAAAGCGAGGAUUUCGAGAACGGCUUCAGAAUGUCGGCCGUGUCCAAAAACGAGGACGACGAGGAUCUUUCCGUGUCGGGCCUCAAGCUGAACGGCUUCUCGGACGAGUACCUGGACAGAAUAGAGCCCAACGGCAACAUCCCCGACAAGGACUGCGGGUGGGAACGGCUGGUCGACCACAGGGAAUCGCUCUCCAGACAACUGUCUGUGUCUUCGGACUCCAAACUCCUCGACGAAGACAUCCGCGAGGAACAGAAGGUCAUCAUGAGACCCAAGAAACCACCACGACCCAAAUCUGAAGUCUAUUUAUGCAAAGACACACGAAAGUCAAAAAGAUACUCGGCUUUUGGCGGGGAUUCCCCGUUUGGACGCACGGAAGCCUAUAUGAAAUUAGACCAACUGACGAACCAGGUGGUGGCGCUGAAGGAGAUCCGGCUUCAGGAGGAAGAGGGAGCGCCCUUCACUGCCAUCAGAGAGGCUUCGCUCCUGAAACAGCUCAAACACGCCAACAUAGUCACGCUGCACGACAUCAUCCACACGCGGGAGACCCUCACCUUCGUCUUCGAGUAUGUGCACACGGACCUGUCGCAGUACCUGGAGAAGCACGGGGGCGGGCUGCACCCUCGGAACGUCAAACUGUUUCUGUUCCAGCUCCUGCGCGGCCUCUCCUACUGCCACCGCCGGAGGAUCCUGCAUAGAGACAUCAAACCCCAGAACCUCCUCAUCUCGGAAGUUGGCGAACUUAAGAUCGCGGACUUCGGCCUCGCCCGCGCCAAGUCCGUACCGUCGCACACCUACUCGCACGAGGUGGUGACGCUGUGGUACCGGCCUCCCGACGUCCUGCUGGGCUCCACGGACUACUCCACCUCCCUGGACAUGUGGGGCGUCGGCUGCAUCUUCACCGAGAUGAUCACGGGCGUGCCAGCAUUCCCAGGCGUCAGGGACAUUCAGGACCAGCUCGAUAAAAUAUUCAAAGUGGUGGGCACGCCGACGGAGGACACGUGGGCGGGGGUGACGUCCCUGCCCAACUACAAGCCGCAUCGCCUCGUGCUGUACCGGCCGCGCAGACUCGCCUCGCUCUUCCCGAGACUUAAUGACAUUCCUCAUGCCGAGUCGCUCGCCAUGCAGUUCCUACAGAUUCAGCCAAACAAGAGGAUAUCCUCCGAAUCAGCCCUUAGACACAGCUACUUUGCCGACCUUCCUCCAAGCAUAUAUGAUUUAGAUCCAGAGCAAUCAAUAUUCUCCGUGGGGGGCGUACGCGUGGCCCAGGAACUACGGAACUACCCUACGUCAGUGAUCCAGGCGGCUAGGGAGAUCAGGAAAUUGGUCUAGUGCCAGAAGGGGUCCUAAUUUACCCUUAACAAAUUAGGUCCUGCAAGGAUAUAAGCAAUGGAAAACCAACCCCGAGAAUAAAUAAGCACCGAUAUGCAUCAUCACCAACACUGCGCAAGGAACUUCACUGACAGGGGAGUCCUUGCUGUUGAUUCCUUUUUUAUGGAGGACAGUCGUAUAAGAACAUCUCUAAUUCCGGGACAUCAAGAUAGAAGUUUAUUGAUAAAGAAAGAAGAAAGGGAAACUGAAAAAAAAGUAUAUAUUUACGAAAAGAUGUUCCUCUGUUGUCUUUUUUCCUUUUGACGUGACUUUUUUUUUCUCGGAAAUGAGUUGAUUCCAGCGAGUUUUGACGGGUCUCCCCACUGGCGGCUUGAGCUCGCUUGGCUGCGGGUUGUAAUCACAUUGGUUAUGUAUAAUGCUUUUCUUGAUAUGGCCAGCUGUCCGGAAAAUAGAAACACGACAAAUUCAUUAGAUGGCUAUCCAACAGUGAUACUUAGAAUCAGAGUAUAUACAAAAAUGAAAAAAAAAGAUAUAUCGUAGAAAAUAAUAGAUAAAACUGAAAAGGGAAAAAAUAGGCAAUAAAGUUUUAAUUUUCAUGAAACAUGCUAUGCAUGUUUAUUAUGAACUUUUUUUUCUUUCACAUAAGUUAGAUAUUGUUUGAACUGAUUUCUAGGCGUUUAAGCAAAGAAAGCCAAAUCAACCCAGCAUUAAAAUGACCCAGUAGAAGCGGGACAGGCAGCGAGAACGUGUCGAAAAUAUCCUAACUGGCAACAGAAGUAGAUGCCACUGAACAGGUCUUUCCUACACUUAGGUGAUACUAAAUGGUAUUUUUCAUCGUUGUAAUGACAGUCGCGGAUCGUCACUGUGGAAAAUACAUACAUGAGAUAUAUUACAUAUGACUUAAGUAACUGCUGCGGAAACAGAUUUAUAGAAUACGAUAUUGUAAAAAAUGGAAUUACAUGAAUUCUAUAUAGAUGAUCUUUGUACAUGCGGGAUUAUACUUAAUCCAAAGAAAAGCAAAGAUGAAACCUCAUUUUAUAUAUAUGAAACGUUUUGAAGUUCCUGAUAUUUGUGGCAAAGGAGGGAACAAAGAGAGAAAUCAAAACACACAAAAAAAUCACUUUAAACCUUCGAGUUCAA